GCCAUUUUUUUUACUUAUACUAACGUCGCUGCUUGCGUUGCGUGCGCUAGUCGGUGACGCGUCGUGUUGUAAUUAAACUUAAAUAACGGUUAUUAAGAAAAAAUAAUCAACUACUUAGCAGUGUUAGCAGUAGAAUGCAAAUGCAAGCCAUGAAUCAAUUCAACAAUCGGGGUUUUGGUGGUCCACCGCAACCACAAAGACAGGGUCGUCGUGGUCAUAAUCGCGGAGGCUUUCGCAAUACGAGAUUUGAUCACAAUAUGCACAAUGCGCAAAGGAAUAUGAAUCACGGUCAAGGAGGUCAACGGCCUAAUGAGGUUAAACCAGCUCAACCUGCUGAGAAACCUCAACCACAAAACCAGGCUCAAGUUAAGGCCCAACCACCCCAACAACAGCAACAGCAACAACAGCCGCAACAGCAGCCUAAACCUGAAGUUCAGCAGGCACCACCUCAGGCCCAGCCACCCAAGCAACAGACUCCUCAGCAGCUUCAAGCAAAACCUCAGCAGCAACCCCAGCAACAACAACAACAACAACAACAACAGAAGCCGGCUCCUGUUGCUCAACCAAAAAAUGAUUCACAGGAUCAUGUGGAUAAGUCUGUGAAUGUUGAGCAAAAACCACAAAACCAACACAAUAAUCAAAAUCAACAGCAGAGGAAUCUUAAUGGCAACUUUGGAGGUAACAAGCAACAGGGUGGUUGGGGAGGCCAAGGUGGACAAGGCAACAAACAGGGUGGCAACUUUGGACAAGGCAAUAAACCAUUUGGUGGUCCUAAACAAGGUGGUCCUGGUGGACCUCCUCGCAAUCAACGUCAAAAUAAUAUGCGAGGACCUCAGCAGGAUGGAGGAAAACCAGUGCAAAGGGAGGAGCACAUGUUGGCAAAUAAACUUAAAGAUUUGAUGGGUCCCUUGAUUGAUUUGCCUCCAAUUGAUCAAACCGAAAUGAAGUUUAAUGGUAGAAGUCGGUUGUACAUUGGUAAUCUCACUGGUGAUGUCACUGAAGAUGAAAUUACCAGUUUGUUUUCUCCCUUUGGUGAAACAGCUGAGCUAUUUCUUAAUAAAGAGAAGAACUUUGGAUUCAUUAAAAUGGACUACAGGGUCAAUGCCGAGAGGGCAAAGAGGGAAUUGGAUGGGAAAAUGAGAAAUGGAAGAACACUGAGAGUAAGAUUUGCUCCUCAUAACAGUGCUGUCAGGGUGAAAAAUCUCCCACCGUUUGUAUCAAAUGAACUUUUGUACCGUGCAUUUGAGAUAUUUGGAAAAAUUGAGAGGGCAUAUGUCCGAGUAGAUGAAAGAGGGAAGACACUUGGUGAAGGAGUAGUAGAAUUUGCUCGUAAACCUAGUGCUUUAGCUGCCAUCCGUAAUUGCACUGAGAAAUGUUUCUUCUUGACUUCAUCUCUGCGUCCAGUUAUAGUGGAAAGCUUUGAGGAGCCUGACGAGUUUGAUGGCUACCCAGAAAAGAACUUGCCUAAAAAGCACCCUGAAUUUCUACGGGCCCGUGAGCUCGGUCCUAGGUUCUCUGAGCCUAGCAGCUUUGAACAUGAGUAUGGUACAAGGUGGAAGCAAUUGCAUGAGCUUCAUCGCCAAAAAGAGGAGGCACUCAAAAAGGAAUUAGCUGCAGAAGAAGAGAAAUUAGAAGCUCAGAUGGAGUAUGCAAAAUAUGAGCACGAGACGGAGUUGCUCCGCGAGCAGUUGCGGCAGCGCGAACAGGACCGCGAGCGACAGAAGCGCAGCUGGGAGCUGGCCGAGCGCGCCGCCGACGAGCGCCGCGACGCCGAGCGCCUGCAGCUGCUGCGCCAGGAGGAGGAGCUCGCGCAGCGCAUGCGCCAGCAGGACGACGAGCUGCGCCGCCGACAACAGGAGAACACACUUUUCGUGCAGGCACAACGUCUGAACUCAAUGCUGGAUCGCCAAGAGCAAGGCAUGUUUGACCAGCAGCAGCCAAUGGAUGGAGGCUACAGAGACCAGUACGACAUGCCCCGUGGGAGUUAUGAUGACAUGCCGCCAAAUCGCGGUUGGGAAGGACCGCGCCAAAUGGACGAUUACCCUAACAAACGUCGCCGUUUUUAAAACAGCUCUUAGGAGCAAAUAGUGUGUAAACUGUAAAUCCGUGUUUCCGACUGUGGAGCAUUUUAUACUGUUUCGUGGUCGUUGGUUGGGUGCAAAUAAAGGGAAUAUGAUAAAACAUUCAAUCCCAAUUUUGUUAAAAUAAUUAGGUGAAAAACUAACCAAUGAAAGCAAAUUUCGGUUUGUAUACAUUAUGUACUGGCUAGUGUGUUUCAUUACGGUUUAAUUUACCAUUUUAACGAUAAAAAUAUAUCUGCGCGAUUUUCAUCACAGAAAGCGCCAAAUUAUGAACCCAUUAUUUGUCCUAACCAAAGGCUUUAAAUUAUUAUCACAUACAUUUUAAAAUGAUAAACUCACCGUAGAAAUGAAUUACGUUAGGCAUUACUUUUAAGUCUGCUAAUAACGAGGUACCUCGUUUUUUACUGUUUCGACAUCAUAUCACUGUGAAUUAUUCCACUAGAGAGACAGCUAUUUUCACAAUAAACAUUCGUCGAGUUAAUAGUUAACUCACGGCUUAAAACAUUAUCUUAUACCUUUUGUAUAAUUGUUUUGCCAUUAUACAAUUAAAUUGACAAAUUAGGUAUAAUGCUAACAUUCCUGAUUUUGCACCACACCAAUAUAAGUAUACUUACAUACUUCAUUAUGAUUGCAUUAAGUGUGAAAAUUAUGUUUACCCCUGGUACCAAGGGGUACUCUUUAAUAAAUAAUUUUAUUUUUAAUGCUAAAUCACUGGAUACCACUUGUAAAAAUUCUACACAAGUGUUUUAGUGUAAUAAAAAGUACUCUUAACAGUUUUGUAAACACAAUUUUAUCCUUAGUUUUAAAAAAAUCGUUUAUGAAUUCCUUUUGUUUUUCUGAUCACCUGUCUUCUGAAACAGGUUUUCGCAUUAAUCUCUCAUAGGACCUAGAUAUAUGGUACGAUUGGUUUGUUUGCCCAGAAUACACCCUAAAGAACUCUCAGUUCUGUAAUUUCAUGUAUUAUGUACUAUACUUAAACAUAUUAUAUAUUAUUAUACUUAUAUUAUUCUUAUAUACUGGAGGCGUAUCGAGGUGUUACCUCUACUACUGCCAAUAUUGCAAUAAAUAAAAUAUCUUCAAGUGGCAUCAGUUAUCGAUUACUGAGAGUGAAAGCUAAUAAUUUUAUUUAUAACUUUGAGCAUAGUGAAUUGAGUGUGAAGAGAUUAUUUAAAAAUUUGGUAAAUUAGUUAUUUUAACUUCUUGAAUAAAAUACAUAGUAACAUUUU